GAGGGAGCGAGGGCCGCCGCGCUGAGGCCCGCCUCUCGGCUCGGAGGUAGGCUGAGACGGGAGGGUCCUCGGCUAAAGCCAAAGGCGGAUCAAAGUGGUGGGACUCGCGCCGCGGCCGCGGAGACGAGAAGGCCCUCCGCACUCCUCCUCGGCAUCCGGGUCGGUGCUCGCCCUCGCUGUCCUGUCUCCGGCCCCAUGGAGAAGACGGAGCUGAUCCAGAAGGCCAAGCUGGCCGAGCAGGCCGAGCGCUACGACGACAUGGCCACCUGCAUGAAGGCCGUGACGGAGCAGGGCGCCGAGCUGUCCAACGAGGAGCGCAACCUGCUUUCGGUGGCCUACAAGAACGUGGUCGGGGGCCGCAGGUCCGCCUGGAGGGUCAUCUCGAGCAUCGAGCAGAAGACCGACACGUCCGACAAGAAGCUGCAGCUGAUUAAAGACUACCGGGAGAAAGUGGAGUCCGAACUGCGGUCCAUCUGCACCACCGUCCUGGAAUUGUUGGAUAAGUAUUUAAUAGCCAAUGCAACUAAUCCAGAGAGUAAGGUCUUCUAUCUGAAGAUGAAGGGAGAUUACUUCCGGUACCUUGCUGAAGUUGCUUGUGGUGAUGAUCGGAAACAAACGAUAGAUAAUUCCCAAGGAGCUUACCAAGAGGCUUUUGAUAUAAGCAAGAAAGAGAUGCAACCCACACACCCAAUCCGCCUGGGUCUGGCUCUUAACUUUUCUGUAUUUUACUAUGAGAUCCUUAAUAACCCAGAACUUGCCUGCACACUGGCUAAAACGGCUUUUGAUGAGGCCAUUGCAGAACUUGAUACACUGAACGAAGACUCAUACAAAGACAGCACCCUCAUCAUGCAGUUGCUUAGAGACAACCUAACAUUAUGGACAUCAGACAGUGCAGGAGAAGAAUGUGAUGCGGCAGAAGGGCAGAGAACUAAGUGCAUACAGGGUGUCGUCCUUCCUCCCCUCAAGAAACCUUUUUACUCAUCUCCAUUCCUUAUUCCAUUUGGAUUUCCUAUAGCAAAGAAACCCACUCAUGUGUAUGGAAUCAACUGUUUAUAGUCUUUUCACACCGCAGCUUUGGGAAAACUCCAUUCCUUGAUUUGUGUUUGUCUUGGCCUUUCUGGUGUGCAGUUACUGCUGUAGAAAAGUAUUAAUAGCUUCAUUUCAUAUAAACAUAAGUAACUUCCAAACACUUCUGUAGAGGACUAAAAAUGUAUCUGGUAUUUAAGUAAUCUGAACCAGUUCUGCAAGUGACUGUGUUUUGUAUUACUGUGAAGAUAUGAAAAUGUAGUUAAUUACAAUUUAAAGAGUGUUCUACAUAACUUCUUAAUUUCUACAUUCCCUCCCUUACUCCUCUUCGGGGAUUUUCUUUCAGUAAGCAACUUUUCCAUCCUCUUAAUAUAUUCCUUUUCGGUAGGAAUCCAGAAGUAUUAGAUUGAAUGGAAAAGCAGUUGACAUUUUGAGGCUGGAGGUCACAAAUUAAAAUGCCUCCUGUAUCAUAUAUGAUGGAGGUCUUGUGUAUCUGUGACAACAGGGAGUUUCCUCAUUCACUCUUCAUUUGCUGCUGUUUAAGUUGACAACUUCCCUUCCCAAUAAAAAUUCACUUACACCUCCUGCCUUUGUGGUUCUGGUAUUCACUUUACUAUGUAAUAGAAGUAGCAUGUUGCUGCCAGAAUACAAGCAUUGCUUUUGGCAAAUGAAAGUGCAUGUCAUUUCUUAAUACACUAGAAAGGGGAAAUAAAGUACACAAGUCCAAGUCUAAAAUUAGUACUUUUCCAUGCAGAUUUGUGCACAUGUGAGAGGGUGUCCAGUUUGUCUAGUGAUUGUUAGAGAGUUGGACC